GGGCUGAGUAGGGACACGUGGUCCUCCGGGAUUUGCGUUAAGACAAGACGUUUCGAGUGGGAUGAGUGAUGUCGGCUUCACUCGGAUGGUGCAAAUCGCUUGGUGUUUGUUCCGAGUAAAUGAGGACAUUCUUUGCACAAGAUCAUCCACUUCCUCUUCAGUUCUGCAUGGGUAGACCUGACAUGCGGGAACUGGAGUUCCCGGAGGGGAUGACUUUUUUGAUGAACCUGGGCAUGCAGCGGCUAGCGCACUUGGACUUGCUCCCAUUGAUUCUUGGCUAUGCCCACAGUUUCAGGGGUUGUUGAUGUAGGUUGCAUAGCCCGCCAACCUCACACUCCUCUCAAGAAGGCCCGAUGGCAUUUUGACGGCCCACAGCUUCAGUAGGCAUAGUAUAGGCCCCGUUGGCGUGACGGGAGGGGCGCCAUGUCCAAGCAACAGCAGCGGAAUCAGCAGAAGCGCGCGGCCAAGAAGGAAGCCAAAGCGGCCGAGGAGGCUGCCGCCGUUGCGGGUGCAGGCUCCCGGAUAAGCGCGCCAAUCACUGCUGCCGAUUUAGUUCAGAGCGGUGAAUCCCUGGUCUUGGGUUCCUGCAUCGCGCAUUACGCCCCGAAGCUGCCGGAUCUUCUCAAAGAGAACGGCGAGGACGCCACCCAAGAGAAAGCAAAGGAGCCAGCUGAGGAGAAGGAGUCCGCAGAAGCGGAGGCCGCGAAGGCCGAGCGCUCGGGCGCCGGCUCCCCGUCGGACGCCUUCGCCGAGCUGACGACCCGCUUGGCCUGGUCCAACCCGCUGGGCCUGGCGCGUCCGCUCAGCGGCGAGGACGCGAUCGCCCAAUGGAAGGCGCUCAGCCAGUUGGAAGUGGAUGGGGGCCCACGGAAGAGCAAGCGAGGAAGUCCAAGCAUGGACAGGAUCAUGGCCAACUUGUCGGAAUUUCUGCCGCAGUACCUCCACAUUUUGCUCGUGCUUGGGAUGCUCCACGCCUUCUUGUUCCGGUCAUAUUUUGCAUGUCUACCUUGGCUGGUCCUGUGGCAGACGGUGUCCCUCUUGGUCCCACUGGAGACCUUGGAGCAGGUGCCACAAGUCCCUUUGAGCCAGUGUCCGGUGAAGUUCCGUGUGGCCGGGACUGUGGCGCUACAUGCACUGAUGCUGCUCUUCUUUGUCUUCGAGCUGAUUUGGUGCAUGAACUUCUUGGUCAAAAUUUUGGUCUUCGGCUUGCUUACCUUGCACGCUCAUUCCGUGAAGCCCAUCGCUGUCGCCGCCCGGGACAGCUGACGUUACUCACAAACCGACCGUGACAAGUCGGGAACAAAGAACCCGGCAGCGGGAGCUGGGAUGAGCUGGGGUGCGCGGGACAGUGGGCGUUUUUG